CUCCUUUCAGACUACGAUAACCUACCCAUGAUCAGAAGCUGCAAAUACGCAUUGUCUACAUUACGGGUAGCUCAAAUCGGUAGCUUUCCCCACCGAGUCCACCAUCCCGCAAAACACCAAAACCUCCGAUCAUUCACAGCACCCCAAACCAACCCAAUCCGCCCAACAAUCAUGUCACUUGCGCGCUCCAAAGAUCCUUUAGUCUGGAUUGACUGCGAAAUGACAGGCCUCGACGCCGAAACCGACCAAAUAAUCCAAAUCUGCUGCUUCAUAACGGACCACAACCUAAACCUCCUCGACACUACCCCCUUCGAAACAAUCAUCCACGCUCCAGACACAACCCUCAUGAACAUGUCACAAUGGUGCAUCGACACGCACGAACGCACGGGCCUCACGGCCGCCGUGCGCGCCUCGACCACGACCGCCGCCACCGCCGCCGACGCCCUCCUUGCCUACAUCACCGCUCACGUCCCCACGCCGCGCACUGCCCUACUGGCCGGGAAUAGUGUCCACGCCGAUAAGGCGUUCCUGGUAAAGGGGCCUUAUGCGAGGGUGUUGGAGCAUUUGCAUUAUCGCAUUCUGGAUGUUAGUUCGUUGAAGGAGGCGGCGCGGAGGUGGGCGAGUGACGAAUUUUUGGCGGAGGUACCACUUAAGAAGGGGGUCCAUCUUGCUAAGGAUGAUAUUUUGGAGAGCAUUGAGGAGAUGCGGUUUUAUCGGGAUCGGUUGUUUGGUAGUGUUGUUUAGUUAGAUGGGGGUCUACUUGCGCGCUAUUGUUUUAUGUCUUAGACAGUGUGUCUAUUUCUGUAGUUGUUGAGUUUGGGGGAUUUGACCCCUUUUUUCUUAGGUUCUAUUGCUUGAAUACCCAUUGCCAUUGCCAUUGAGACUUGUGUAUCUUGUACUUCGGAGUGUUUUCGUGGCACGUUGGGAC